AUGAUCAGAGGUGCUUGGAUGUGUCGAAGGGAAGAUGACGCUGUGGUAAAAAUUUGCUGUGCACCCAAACAAAGCGACAAACCAUGUACCGACUCAGAGAGGGUACAGAAAUGGCGAAUGUCUUUGGCAUCUCUCUUAUUUUUCACCGUCCUUCUCUCUGACCACCUCUGGCUGUGCGCGGGAGUUAAGCUCAAGUCUAAAGACCGGAGCCAGCGUAGAACCUGGGGCAACGCGACCGACGGGGCCCAGCCGGUCCUCGGGGGAGAUAAAUGUGUUUUUCUUAGCAAUCAGACCAAAUCCGCGCCUCCCACUCCACAGUGCACUGACCCCCAGAGCCGGACGCCUCUGGAGUCCUCAUGCAUGGCUCUGUAUCGGCAAAAAAUUGGCCUAAUUGGAUCAUUCUCAGCUUCCGCGGUCAUGUCACCACACACCUUCUUGGAUUACUUUCGGAAUUUCAGCCUCUCUUUUUGUGACACUUACUCCGUGGCAGACCUGCUGCAGGGCAUGGUGAGCCUGGACGGGUUGAACUGCAGCCUCCCGAACGUCAUCCGGGAACUGUUCGGCGGCGGAGAGGAGGACGGGGAUGUGUGCAGUGCGUGCGUCCAGGCAUACGUUAGGCUGGAUCAACAUGCUCAGGAAAAAUACGAGGAGUUCGACAUCCUCUUUCUCAAGUACCUAUCGGAGGACUAUUCCGUCAGAUCGCACGCAGAGCACUGUAAGUCUGUCUACAAGGCCUGGUUGUGUGCGGAGUUUUUCCCCACCUCGCAGCAGCAGUGUGUCCACCGCGUCCCGUGCAAGCAAUACUGCCUGGAGGUGGAGACCAGCUGUCCCUUCGUGCUGCCGGACAACGACGACCUGGUGUACGGAGGCCUGUCCAGCUUCAUCUGCACAGGCCUGAAGGAGGCCGUGGACAGUGGCAGUGACGGGCCGGAGUGUUGCGACGUCAGGUGGAGCGGGUGUGACCCGGCCGUGGGGGCGGCGUGUGCCCUGACCCAGCUGCAGGGGUCGUCGUCGUCAUGGCCACCCCGGUCGCCGUGGCAGGCGGUGUCGUGCGCCUCGCGCCUCUGCGGCAGUGGCCGCCUCAAGCUGUGCAUGCUCGUCCUCAUCUUGCUGCACACCGUGGUCUCCAUCACAACCAUCGCUGGCGGCAACGCGGGCAUGGACGCCAUGGUAACGCUGGAGGAGAACGCCACUGCUGUCCGGGAGGAAUGA